UUAGACCGUUUAAUUAUUAGACAUUUAACCAGACCAUUUAAUUAUGGAAUACUCGUGCAAUAUAGUUGAGCUAAUGAGGCUUUUAUUUUGAAACUACUAUGUCUGCCAGGUCCGCGUGGGAUUUUACAGAAAUGGUCUAUCAAAGUAAAUGUAUUUAAUCUGCGCUGUUAGCUAGAAACGAAAAGCAGUCAGUGUAAUAACUUUUUGCACGACAUGUGUGCGAUCUAAUGCUUCCUCUAAAGGAGAAGGUUUGCUCUAAGCAGAGGAAAGAUAAACAGAAGGCUGGAUGUAAAUAAUCCGCAACAGCAUGCUGCACAACAACAGGGGUCAAUAACAAUACAAGACAAACAGCAUGUGCCAGCUGUGCCUUUAAUGAAUAACACUGGUCUUGCUUUGCACGAGAAGAGGAGCAUGGAGCCUGCGAGCCUGGAGAACUUGUGUGUUUUGUACCACAGCGCAGACUAUAUAGUUGUCAACAAACACUGGGAUAUUCGUAUUGACAGCAAGAUGUGGUAUGAGAAACAGACUGUCCAGAGUCAGCUGAAGCAUCUAUUCCCAGAGCUUGCAGAUCCUGGCACCUACUACGGAUUCAGGUUUUGCCAUCAGCUGGAUUUCUCUACGAGUGGUGCUUUGUGUGUAGCACUGAACAAGGCAGCAGCAGGGCAUGCAUACCGCUGUUUUAAGGACAGACUUGUUACCAAAGCUUAUCUCGCUCUGGUCCGUGGCACUGUGGCUGAGGAGAAAAUGACCCUGGAGUUUGCGAUCGGCAAGAACACAACAGAGGGCCAGACCCAUAUGAUGUGUACUGAAGGAACAGACGGUUGUGAGAAUCCUAAGCCCUGCCAAACAGAGCUGACAGUUUUAGAGUAUGGAGAAUAUGAUGGAGAUCCAGUCACAAAAGUGCUUCUGCAGCCUCUGACAGGACGGACACACCAGCUCCGGGUUCACUGCAGCGCCGUUGGUCACCCCAUAGUGGGAGACUACACUUACAGUCUACGCACAGACAGUGCUCCCUAUCGCAUGAUGCUGCAUGCCUACUUCUUGCACAUCCCACUAGAGAAUGAACCCAUCCACGUCACAGCCCCAGAUCCCUUUGUACCCACACUCGACUCCAAAUGGGCACCACGAAGAUGUGUGAAUGUUCUGGAGGACCUACUGAAGAAUAUUUUGACAAAACCACAAACUGAAAUCCAAGAAGAACCAGAGCCAGUGCACAGGAGGAGCAGCCCAGUGGAGAGUGAGGAGCAACAGGCACAGUGUCAGCAGUGGUUAUGUGAGUGGAAUCUGGACUGAGGAACCCUUACGCCGGUUUACCAGUACAAUACUGAAGCCACACCCUUUUCUUUAAAUGGUAGUGGGUAGCCAGCACUGCUCAAUAACAGUAUAGAGUAAGAACAGAAGGCAUAAAGGAGUUUUGGCUGAUCUUUGUAUGAAGGAGAGCACUGGGUGCCAUAGUGUACCCCCACGCUUUUGUUAAUUUUCACUACCAUUCUAAAGUUUGGGGUCAGUAAGAUUUACAGUUUUCUUUAAAGAAAGUCAAUUGCUUACCAAACCUGCAUUUAUACAAUCUAAAAUACAGUAACAAUAGUAAUAUUGUGAAAAAUUCUUACAAUUUUAAAGAACUGUUUUCCAUAUGAAUAUAUUUUAAAAUGUAAUUAAUUACUGAAUACAUAAUAUUUAUUGCUGAAUAAAAUGAAUUUUUAAAAAAAGGAAAUCGUACUGACCCUGAACAUUUGAACAGUAGUAUACCUAAUUUGAACAAAAAAUAUCACAAGAAAAGGUACAGCAUGUCAUUAGAGUGCUGAGAGGAAGAACUUUUUAAGAAUCCUCCCAAUGAAGUAUCUUUAGCUCUUUCAAAUCUAAGUAUACUAUGUGUACAAGUGGUAUUGUUCAUUGUAUGAAUGCGUAACUAUGGUUUUAGCUUUUGUGCUAUUAAAACAAGAUUUUAAAUAUUUUUUUUAUGAUUUAUUUUUUAUUUGUUUAUUAUUACUUUUUUUGUUUUGAUUAGUCUUUGUUGCAGUCUAGAAGGGGCUAGAACUUACCCUUUUUUCCACUACAUAAACAGGCAAGUUACAGUAUGAAAGGUCUUCUUGGUUUCUGUACUUAAACUAUGUGAAGCAUGUUUAUAGAAAUCCUUUGCUUUAUAUAGACUGAACAAUCCCCACCUCAAAAACUAGAACUGUUGCUUUAGCAAAUGAUUUUCAAGUAUGUAACUGAAUGAGUCCAUCUACGGAGUAUUUUUUGCAUGUCAUCCUGUUCCCAUACGCUGUUAGAUGAUAUUUGUAAGACAUUUACUGUUGUUCUGCAAAUGUUCAGAGGCAAAAUCCAUUUAAAUAGGAAUUCACGUGAUCGAGAUUUUUAGCAGAGGAUGAAAAACGUCUUCAUGCAGAUUCACCGUUUUGAGCAACAGAAAGCUGCUUGAUUUGAAUGUGAUCUCUGUGUGAGCUGUGCUUCAUAUAUAGCUACACUAUUAACAAUAGACCACAAUCUUUUUUUGCCCACCAAGAAUUUCACUAAUGACUGCACCUUACAAAAUUAACAACGUGUUGUUUGGUUAAAGCCCCCAAAACCAUUCAGUAUAGACACUUUUUAUUUUUUUACAAAAAAAGCAUUUAGUUAUUACCAUCUGUACUCUGUCUAUACAAACAUAAAAUGUUUAGUGUUACAGAAAUGGUAAAGUUUAAUAAAUAAAGGCCCUUCAGUCUAACAGCUAA